AUGAUGCCACGCACACGCCCCAUCAUCCGCGGGGCGCAGGCUACCCUGCGCCGGCAGGGGUAUGCUUCAAACCUCACUGCCGCCGCGCCGGCGUGGCUGCGAGAACCCGGGGCAGGUAGACGGGCAACUUCUGGGAUGCCUCGCACGUCAGCCAGGCGCUACGGUCUAGAACCCGAUCCCUACAACAUAUGCCAUCUUAGAAACGGGCCGCAUCCCGAACUGGCUACAGACUUCGAGUCCGACGCAACGUGCCUUGCGGUACCAGAGAAAACACAGCAUCUCGUGUACCUCUGCACGUCUCCCCAGGGCAGACAAGUGACACUACCCCCACGGCUACAGGAGCGGGUCAGCUCCCCGCCACCGAUUGGCUCGGUGCCCCAUCAGUCAGACGCAGCGAGAUUCGGGUCGGUGGGAGGGGAAGGCGUUGGAGAAGGUGGAGUGGGAGUGGAAUUAGAGGACGAGGUGGCGGAGGAGGGUGCUCAGGCUCCCUCUCUGCUUGGGGAAAGUUUCCCCUACCGGGGACGGACCCAGAAGACGUUAGGCCCAGUGCGGCUGCGGGCCGGUGGAAGGGGGCUCCGGCCCCCGGUUCCCGCCCCUCGGUCCCGCAGGCCCCGGAAACCACCAGGGGGAGGGGGAGAAGGGAGGGACCGACCCACCCCCCGAUCUCGGCGGAGGCGCCUCCGGGACUCCCCCGAGGGGCGGGGGGCGGGGAGCGGCAGCGCGCUGCGACGACCCCGGCCCCCUCCCCCAGCGACACCCCGGGGGCCCGAACGCCGACGGUCCCCGGGUCCGGGGCGUCGCCGUCGCGAGCCGGCCGGGAGGGCCCCCCUCCCCGGAGGGCCUGUCCCUUCAGGGGCGGGGAGAAGGGGAGAGAAAAAGGGGGCGCUGGCGAGUCAACCCGGAACCUCCCGGCCCGCCUCCCGCCCCCGGCCCCGGCCCCAGCGCGCCUCCAGCACUCGUGCCCUAACCCAGAAAGUUAAGUCAGGGGCGAGCCCAGCCCGGCGCCGCCGCGGCCCGGCCCCCGGCUCCCCGCCCCCACCGCGGCCCGGCCUGCUCGGCCCGAGCGCGCCGCCCGCCCCGCCCGCCGCAGCUCCUUCCCGUCCGCCCGCGGCGCGCGGCGCCCCUCGCCCCCCGCCCCCGGCGCUGACACGGGCCCGGCCGCCCGCGGGGCCGAGGCUCCCCUCCUCCUCCUCCUCCAGCUCCCCGCGCCGCAGCCGGCCGGCCGCCGCUGACACCCCGCUUCACCUUCACACACACACACACACACCCCCAGCACUUCCCGGGGGCUCCCACCCUCCGCGGCAGCCGCUCCGCGCUUCCAUGAAAGAAUGCACCUUUCGCGAUUUCACCUUCCCGGCUCAGCCGCGCUCCGCCCGACGAGCAGGGGAGGGGGGGCUGGAGCCUCGCGCCUCCGCGACCCCGCGCCGGGCCGGGCGGCAGAGCGCUGGCUGCUCGGGGCGGGGGCCGCGCCGCACCCCCGGCCUCCCCGCCGCGCCUCGGCGCUCACCUCCUGCCCGCGCCGCGGGGCUGCAGUCUCCGCCCGCCUCGCGCUCCGGGACUCGCCUCCCGAGCUCUGGCAAGGCGCUGGAGCGCCUCCUUUCUCUCCCGGGGACUCCGCGUCUCCCCGCCGCUUCCCGCCCUCCCCACCCCCCCCUCCCUCCCCAAGCCCCAACUCCCCAGCUCCGCGGCGCCUCGGGGAUGCAACUCCCGAGCUCCGCGCACUCCGGCGGCGGUGCCCGCACACAAAAACAGCCCUCCCGGAGGCGCACGGCUCCGCCGGGCUCGGCGCAGCACGGGCAGUCGCGGCCGGGGGUGGGGACGCGGCGCCCCCCGCCCGCCGCCCGCCCGCCCUCGCGGCCCCCGGGGAAGGCGCGGUUACCGGCUCGGGUCCCGGUCACGCCGUCAGAGACACACAGACCGCGCGAGCUCGCGAGCAGGGGAGGGGGCUCGGGAGCCAGGCCGGCCCUCCCUCCGCCUCCCCGGCUGCGGCCGCCGCCAACUCCUGUCACUGGGGAGAGGACGGGGCGGAAACUUGCCUCCCGCGCCCCCGGGCAGGGGGCAGAGGCGGACAGAGGGUUCUCCGGGGCGCAGACCCUGGCCGCGGAGUCUGCAGCAUCUCCGUCGGCAGAGCCUCCCCCCCGCCACCCCGAGAAGGCGGCCUGGGGGAGAGGUGAUGAGUGA